GGUAUAAACAUGAGGGAAAUUUUUUCUGCAGAACACUGUUCACGCAGAAGAUUGAAAUAGUAACUAAGCAUAUGAAAAACUUCAGCUUCUCUAAAAAUGAAAGCUAUACAUUGGCUACCAUGUAUUGAGUACUCAGUGUGUUGAGGCAUUUUAACCACAAUUCCAUAUGGCAGGUAAUACAGUGUGCAUUUACCAAUAAUAAAACUAUUACUGAGAAAUAGUAAGUAAUUUGCCCCAAGUCCCAAAGUCAUAGGACUAGUAAACUGUGGAGCCAACAUUCAAAAUACAGGGCAUUCUUGAUUACAAACUCCAUGUUCUUAACCACCAUGCUAUAAUAUAUUGCCUAUAAAAAUCAAAAUACCUUGGGGUUCCUGUUUUACACCUGAAAAAAGAACUUUCUUAUGGUCCAUCUGAAAAAGUAAAUAACCAUAAGAAAUCUUAGGGAAGAAUUUGCCUUACUAGAUAGAAAGCAAAAUGUAUGAGGCUACACUGUUUAAUAUUGGCAUAGGAGAGAGUUGAAUAGAACAGGAAAAGAAAAAAGCAUGGAAAUACUCCAGUUGUAAGGGGAAUGUAUUACAUAAUAUCAGACAUUUUUAGUGAUUAAGGAGAAUAGAUGAUUUAAUGUGUGGCAUUAAGACAGGUAGCUCACUAUUUGGGGAAAAAAGUUAGAUCCUUCUCUUACACAGAAAAUAAAUUACAGAUGUAAAAAUAAGUAAAUUGUAAAAAGUAGGGUAAAAACCUGACAUGGGGUAAAUUUUUUUUUCAUAAGCUUGAGGUGGGAACAUGGGGUAGUAUGUGAAGCAUUCAUUUUCUGACCAAUUAAUAAUCUUAGACAUUGGCAUAUUCUCUUCUCACCUACAACCACCUCCCAUUUGGACCAGGAGUCAUAUAACAGAACUAGUGAAGCGAAAUCAUCAAAUUUUUGAGUGUACGUUCCAAAAGUAUCAGCAGAAGUAAGAACAGAUUUGCAAGAGAGUCCAAGAGGAACAUCAUCUUCAGCGGGCUAUUUCAGCACAGCAGGUGUAUGGCGAGAAGAGGGAUAAUAUGGUUAUACCAGUCCCAGAGGCAGAAAGUAAUAUUGCUUACUAUGAGUCUAUAUAUCCUGGGGAAUUUAAGAUGCCAAAGCAGCUCAUUCACAUCCAGCCUUUUAGUUUGGAUGCUGAACAGCCUGAUUAUGAUUUGGAUUCUGAAGAUGAAGUAUUUGUGAAUAAACUGAAAAAGAAAAUGGAAAUCUGCCCAUUGCAAUUUGAAGAGAUGAUUGACCGUCUAGAAAAAGGCAGUGGUCAGCAGCCAGUCAGCCUGCAAGAAGCCAAACUACUGCUAAAAGAAGAUGAUGAAUUAAUUAGAGAAGUUUAUGAGUACUGGAUUAAAAAGAGAAAAAACUGUCGAGGGCCAUCUCUUAUCCCAUCAGUAAAACAAGAAAAGCGAGAUGGUUCCAGCACAAAUGAUCCUUACGUGGCUUUUAGAAGACGUACUGAAAAAAUGCAGACUCGAAAAAAUCGCAAAAAUGAUGAAGCCUCUUAUGAAAAAAUGCUUAAGCUGCGUCGAGAUCUAAGUCGAGCUGUUACUAUUCUAGAGAUGAUAAAAAGACGAGAAAAGAGUAAAAGGGAGCUAUUGCACUUAACACUGGAAAUUAUGGAAAAGAGGUAUAAUUUGGGUGACUACAAUGGAGAGAUCAUGUCUGAGGUUAUGGCACAGAGACAGCCAGUGAAACCUACGUACGCCAUCCCCAUCAUCCCUAUUGCUAAUAGCAGUCAGUUUAAACAUCAGGAAACAAUGGAUGUGAAGGAUUUCAAAGUUAAUAAGCAAGAUAAAGCCGAUCUUAUCCGACCGAAACGGAAAUAUGAAAAGAAGCCCAAAGUCUUACCGUCGUCUGCUGCUACCCCCCAACAGACGAGUCCUGCUGCACUGCCAGUCUUCAAUUCUAAAGAUUUGAAUCAGUAUGACUUUCCCAGCUCAGACGAAGAACCUCUCUCCCAGGUUUUGUCUGGCUCUUCAGAAGCUGAGGAAGAGAAUGAUCCUGAUGGUCCUUUUGCUUUCCGUAGGAAAGCAGGCUGUCAGUACUAUGCUCCUCACUUAGACCAAACUGGCAACUGGCCUUGGACAAGUCCUGAAGAUGGAGGAUUAGGGGAUGUGCGUUAUAGAUACUGCUUAACUACUCUCACCGUACCCCAAAGGUGUGUUGGAUUUGCACGACGACGGGUUGGGCGUGGUGGAAGGGUCUUACUGGACAGAGCUCAUUCAGACUAUAACAGCAUGUUUCGCCAUCUGGAUUUGGACAUACUUUCCUCACCACAGCAUUCUCCAGUCAAUCAGUUUGCCAAUACCUCAGAAACAAAUACCUCGGACAAAACCUUCUCUAAAGACCUCAGUCAGAUACUAGUCAAUAUAAAAUCACGUAGAUGGCGGCAUUUUAGGCCUCGGACACCAUCCCUACAUGACAGUGACAAUGAUGAACUCUCCUGUAGAAAAUUACAUAGGAGUAUAAAUCGAACAGGAACAGCACAACCUGGGACCCAGACAUGCAGUACCUCUACGCAAAGUAAAAGUAGCAGUGGCUCAGCACACUUUGCAUUUACAGCCGAACAAUACCAGCAACAUCAACAGCAACUGGCACUAAUGCAGAAACAGCAGCUUGCACAAAUUCAGCAACAGCAAGCAAAUAGCAAUUCCUCCACCAACACUUCACAGAACCUUGCAUCUAACCAGCAGAAAAGUGGCUUUCGCCUGAAUAUACAGGGUUUAGAAAGAACAUUACAGGGUUUUGUUUCUAAGACUCUGGAUUCUGCUAGUGCUCAGUUUGCUGCUUCUGCUUUGGUAACAUCAGAACAACUGAUGGGAUUCAAGAUGAAGGAUGAUGUGGUGCUUGGAAUUGGGGUGAAUGGCGUCCUUCCAGCCUCAGGAGUAUACAAGGGCUUACACCUCAGUAGCACUACACCAACAGCACUUGCACAUACAAGUCCCUCGACAGCAGGCUCGACUCUGUUACAGCCUUCAAACAUUACACAGACUUCAAGUUCCCACAGUGCGCUGAGUCAUCAAGUAGCUGCUGCCAAUUCUGCAACAACUCAGGUUCUGAUUGGGAACAACAUUCGAUUAACUGUACCUUCGUCAGUUGCCACUGUAAACUCUAUCACCCCAAUAAGUGCACGACACAUACCUAGGACUUUGAGUGCUGUUCCGUCGUCUGCCUUAAAGCUGGCUGCCGCGGCAAACUGUCAAGUUUCCAAGGUUCCACCUUCAUCCUCUGUAGAUUCAGUUCCAAGGGAAAAUCAUGAAUCAGAAAAGCCAGCACUGAACAACAUAGCAGACAAUACAGUAGCGAUGGAGGUGACGUAGCUUCCUCAGGAGUGGAACUGCAGCCUGGGGACUUGAUUAGGUGCUAUGCAUCAGUAGCAUUUUGAAUGCAAGGGAUGACGGAAUGCAGCACAUGCGUUUCUGUGGCAGCUGUGGGGACUUGACAGCAGUGCUCAUCUCUCAUGCUUCAAUUUUUCUUUUCUUACUGUUAAUAGGAAAAAAUCAACAUCUGUAAAUUAAGAAUACAGCAAUUAUCUGUACAGUACUGCAUAUUUGUAAUACCCUUGUAUAUAUGUUACUUGAAUACAGAAAUGUUCAUUUGUGAUGCUUUGCACUUGGGGGUGGGAGGGUGGGAGGGAAAUAAAUUGCAACAAAGAGUGUGAGAUGUGAGAUUGUAUAGAGAUGAAGUGUCAUCACAUCAUGUGCAUGGUGCGGAACCUGCUGUUUUAUCUAUUUAUUGUGCCGUGUUUACAGUUUUUUGUACACUGUACCUUCAUUGGUUCCUGUGCUGUAGUAAAUGUGUUAGGUAGCUGUGGACUCCUUGGUAUUUUGUAAAUGGUAUAACAUAACUUGGUUCCCCUCUGGGUCCUUGAGUUUUCUGUGUAUCAUGUGAAAAAAAAUGGUGACAUACAUACAGAAUUUUACAAAAAAAAAAAAGGCAUCAGUUUUUUUAAAAACGGGGAAUGUACUGUUAAAUGGGGAUCUUCCUGGUCUGCUGUCUUAGGACAAGUAACAAGCUAAAAAUGAAGUCUCUUGAAUCUUCCCAUCCCCAGCCUGCCCACAAAGCUGUGGGCAGUUUCUGGUACUUAAAGCACUAAUGUUAUGUUGCUGCUCCACAAACAGCCCAGUAAUCCCAUUUCCUUCCACACCAAAAAGUGUUAAAUCAAGUAUGCAAAUGGAGUCCUUACAACUGGAGUUUAUGUUGUCUUGCCCUUUUUUUAGCACAAAAAAAUUGUACUUUUUUAUUGUCAAAUUGUUUGGAAGACUUCAUUCUUUACUUGUUCUUACAAAAGGAUAUGAGGGAGAAGAAUGCAGUAAUUGCUAUACGUGUAUCAUCAUUCCAGUUUCUAGAAACAGCCAGCGUUUUUCCUUUUAAGAUUCUCCAGAAGGCUGCAAGGCCAGAGCCACAAAUACCGGGUGCCUUCCUCUGGGAAUGUCUGACCUCUCUUCUGUGAAGAGAACGGCACUGACAGACACUGCUAGGGCUUUGUCGGUGCCGAAGUCUGAAUGCCCAGUCCAAUGGCAUACAUUAUCCUUAAGGUUUUUAAUCCCACCUGGAAAAAUUGUGAUAGAAUUCUCACAAAAUAAACCCAGGGCAUUACAUGUUGACAAACUAA